UAAACUAACCAAAUGGGGGUAAAUCGAAGAGAAUGACCACCAGGCCACAGUUGGAGAGUAGCCGUUGUACUGACCAGACACCUGGAUACGCGUAACAGAAAUAAAUAUUUCGGCGCCACAAAAGGCAAACGGGUUCACUGGGAUUAGCUGAUAAAGUGCCUUUUUUGAAAUGAAAGAAAUAAAUUAAAGCAAUUAAAAAUUAAUAUGAUGUUGUGUUUAAUGUGCAUUAGCGAAUAGGAAAUUAUUUAAAAAUAAAAGUAAAACAAAAACAACAACAACAACAAUAAUACAUUAAGUGAAAUGGAAAUUUUCAAACCAAUGCAUUGGAAGUUAAUAUUUGAUGAAGUAAUUUAACUUAUUGCGUAAAAUGUCAAAAGGUUAAACGACAACAACGGCAGCAACAACAAAAACAACAGCAACGGUUAAACAAACAACUACAAUAACACCAUUAUCAUCAAUCGUUUUGUAACACAAUAGCUGCCAUCAAAAAAUGGAUAUUCCCAGCACUGGAGCUAUUUUCACUUUGGGCAAAUCCUAUUUGGCCGAGAAUAGUCAAAGUUAUUUUUAUAUCAAAAAUGAUCCCAUAAAAAGGCUCAUAGCUGGUCCCUAUCAGAGUGCAGUGAUUUGUGAAUCAGGACGUUUAUUUGUAUGGGGUGAAAAUCACUAUGGCCAACUUGGUAUCGGUGGCCACACAUCCAAUGCCAACAACACGAAUAACAACACCAGCAAUAAUAAUGUAGACAUUAUUAUUAAGCCUACCUGUGUUAAGUCUCUAAAGACAUUGGGUUUAAAAAUUGCCGAUAUAGGCUUUGGUAGUGAUUGGUCGGUGAUACUGACAUAUUCCAAUGAACUAUUCUUUACGGGUCGUAAUAUAUUCAACAGCGAAAGUCCGGUCUCGUCAAAUUUUACGGAAACCACAGUCAAUGGAGAGCCAUGUGAAAUUAUACGUAAACCCUUUCGUUUGGAAGAGUUCGAUGACUGUUUGUCUAACAAUGAAGAGGCCGAGAGUUUUGUAAAUGUUCUAGCCGGAAAUGAACAUUUUGUGGUAUUGACAUCUUUCGGACGACUCAUUGGCUGGGGCUCAAAUCAAUCAAACCAACUGGGCAACGCCGAAGAGCCUUUGCUUAAACCUCAUGAAAUUGUUUUGGAUUCACCCGUCAAACAAUUUGCCUGUGGACCAUCAUCAACGCUGGUGCUAACUGAAAAGGGGAAUCUAUAUUUAACUGGACAUCUCAAUGAAUUUGUUUUCACAAAUUUUACCGAGCUGCAAAAGAAUCUCUCGCCCAACGAACAAAUCACAUUCGUACAUAUCUCACAUGCCAGUGAAAUCUUCAUUGUCACCAAUACCGGGAGCAUAUAUCGCAGUUACGAAUCGCUGCGUAACAAGAGUCUUAUCUUUCAAAGAUUCUACGAUUACGAUAGUGAGGAAAAUGGUCCAAUUUGGAAAUUGCUCAAAGGUACUUCAUUCUUUGCAGUACUGACAAGGGCCCAUAAGUUCUACACAACAUUCUCCGAAAGUGGUCAUCACUUGAAAACCUUUAGAGAAAUAUCAAAAUUUAAAAAUUUACGCCUCAUGGAUAUGGCUUUGGGAGAUCGGCAUGUUUUGGUGCAUGGUGUGCCCAGGUCUUCGGCGUUGGCAGCCACAAUGGGUCCUGGUGCUGAACAUCGAUUACUGUCACAAAGUACAAUAAUGGCCAAUACCACGGGCGGACUAAUGGGGAGAAUGAAAAAUACUGCAAAAACGAAACCAGAUACGAUUUUGGAAGAAACAACCAUAACACCAAAGAAUAUUCAAUUGAUGGAACCAGCCUUGGAGAGACCCAAAACUAAUACUCCAGUACACGAAACACCAAUGGAGGAGGAACAAGGAACAGAUCAGAACACCACAGAUACAAACAAUAAUGUGGAUCACGAGGAAGGUGAUAAUAACAAUGUAGAUCAAAUGUCCCAAAAUUCUUUGCAACGGAGAUCGCCCACAGAGUCUUUAAAGUCACGAAAAAGUACCAGCUCAACAAAGAAAAGUGUGCGGCCACGGACACCGUUUCCUGAAACCAGUGGUGGCAGUUCCCCACAAACAGCCAUUGAAAGGACACCAAUACGAAACACAUCCUAUCAAGCAGCAAUGGAUGAAGAUUAUAUCGAUCACACAUCACCAAGAUUGGUGGAGAGCCUGGAAAAUAUACCAGAGGCAGUUAGUGCAACAAAACCGGGAGUAACGCUCUCAAUGCCCACUCCUCCCACCGAAGAGGAUGAACAACUAACUGUAGAAAUACGGGAGACCACAGAUCCCCUGGAUCACACAGUGACAAUUAAUGAAAUCCGCUUCAUUAACAACGGCAUUGAUGUUACGGCCAAUGUUAAAAAAGAAAGAGAAUCAGAAGAUUCUCUGGAUGAGACAGAAGACGAUGAUGAGGACGAUACAAAAUCGAUUAUCAAAAGACAGGCACAAGGUUUCAUUGCAAAUGCCGAGCAGGAAGUUGAAGAACAAAUUGAAAAAGUAAAAGUAACAAAAGCCGAUGUUGAGGAGAGUGUUAAGGACAAAGCAUUGUCCAUUGGAAAUAAAGUUGGAGAGAAAUUCAAAGUAACUAAAGUCGAAGCUGAGGAUGCCAUUAAAGAGACGUCCACCGUCAUAGAGGAUAAAGUGGAAGAAUCCUUGACGGAGGCAAAAGCUUCGGUGGAAAAUGUCGCUAAUGCAGCCGAUGCUAAGGCUGCAAAUGUCAAGGAGAGUAUAGAAACAACCGCCAUGAAAGCGGUUACUGGAGCCAAAGGUGCCUUUGAUGUUGUUGGUGAAAAUGCAAAAAAGGCUGCCAAAGGUGCAAAACAAACUAUGGAGAAUGUCGGCACAACUGUGUCUAAGGCCACAGACGAUGCUCGACAAGCUAUUGAAAGCGUUGGAAGCAGUGCAGCUAAAGCAACCGGCGAAGCCAAGGACUCCAUGGGCAAUGCCAUACGUAAAAUGGCCGAUGAUACGCGCAAUGCGGUUGGGGCAGUCACAUCGAAAAUCUCUCACGAAGUACAAGACGCUAAGAAUAGCUUAAGCUCCCUGCUCCAGGGGAAGAAAAACAAAGUGGAUGUUGAAAAACCGGCAAUUGAGAUACAAGAAUCAGUAGCCGAUGAAUUACAGGCCGAGAUAAGUGCCAAAGAAAGUGGUGGCAGUAAAACCAAUCCCACCUCACAAUCUACCAACACACCUGGUGGUGCUCAAGAGGACGAUGAAAGAACGACAGCAUCUGUGAAUUCGGCACACACUUCGUCUGGCAAUCCCUUCGAAAACAAUAAUCCCUUCGAGAGCAGUAAUCCAUUUGAGAAUGAUGAAAACAAUGGAGGCACAAUUCCAUAUGAUCCCGAAUUAGAUGCUAUGAUAGAGCGUAGUAAGAAGGCGUUUCAAGAGGAUGUCGAAAGAGCCAGUAUGGCAACAGAACAUCAUUUGAGCGAUGCUGUCACCGAGGUUGCUGUCGAAGAGAAAAGUAAAUUUUCCAAAUUUCUAGACGAUAUGCGAGAGAAGUCGAAGAGUUUGUCGUGUCGCAAUGAAAAGGCUGUACAAAUAAUUGAAGAUCAACCACCCAGAUAUUCCGUGGAAGAUGAAUUGGCCCUACAGCCUGUGAAUGCUCGGCCCGAGAAUGGCUCAAAAGUUUGCACAAUAUUAUAAUUAUGUUAUUUUCUAGUUCAAAGAGUAAUACCAAAUAUGUUGCAUUUGUUUAUUUAUAAAUCAGAGAACAUUAAUAAAAAUUUUGCAAAGGUCGCAAACCAAACACGAGGGCAAGUUGAUAAAUAAA